CAUUACAACCAUAUUACCACAGUGCGAAGUCCUAUUUCGGGAAUAAAAGCAUGGAACUCCUAUUUUUAUAUUUUUUUCUAUAUUUUAGUGGGAAAUUUCUAUAACAAAAACAAGAUGAACUUCUCCCCUGGCUUGAGUGGUAGCAAGCCCACUCCCCAGGAUUCAUGGGGAAGUUUACUCAGCGGACGGUUUUGUGGAGAUAGCCGAGAGCUUAGCAGAAAUGAUAAGUUUUUGGCAAAUGAACCUUCGGCGGGGCUUUUCUACAUCCAACAACAUGUUCAUAAUGCAAUCCCCAACCUCGCCAAUCUCAAAGCAAAGGUUGCAGAUAGAUGCCGCGAGGCAACUCUUCGCACGGAAGAUUCUGAGGACUCCAUAGCCAUGGCUAGAUCAAUGAAAAACUGUGGCUUUCGAAUUUCUCCUGAGAUUGAGGAGCCUUCUUCAUCUUCAUUUGCUGCUGCUGAUGAAGAAGAAGAAGAAAAAGAAGCAGACAAGGAUGAUGACCUGCCCGUGUCAAGUCUGAUUCAUCCCUUUUUGAAUGGAUGUUAUGAGGAGAUGAGCUUAACAGCUAGACUGGAAGACUGGUUGGAAGAGACAGGGGAUCGAAAAGGAUAGUUCAACGGCGGGUGUAAGGGUAUAAUGGUCAUUUUAUGUGGUUGGGGGGGGGGGGCUCAAGUUUGAGGUUAAUACUCUUGGCUACCCUUUCCUAUGAAAAGGUUGUGCAUCCCUGUUAUCAUUGUUGUGAAUCGUUAUAACAGAAUAUUGAAGGAAGUUGUCAGUAAGGAAAAAAAACAAUUCUUCAACUUCCAGAGACAGUUGUGCAUUCCUAACCAAAGUAUGCAGAGUACACAACAUUAGGUUAUUUUG